AUGCGUGAAAUCGUACAUAUACAAGCUGGACAAUGUGGGAAUCAAAUCGGAGCGAAAUUUUGGGAGAUUAUCUCCGAUGAACAUGGAAUUGAUGCAACAGGAACGUAUCACGGAACUUCGGACCUUCAAUUAGAACGUCUGAAUGUUUAUUAUGAUGAAAUUAAUAAACAAGAAGGAAAAUAUGUUCCGCGUGCUGUUCUUGUUGAUCUUGAACCAGGAACGAUGGAUUCCGUACGAAGCGGAAAGUAUGGAUCACUUUUUCGUCCGGAUAACUUUGUUUUCGGUCAAUCUGGGGCGGGAAAUAACUGGGCGACAGGGCACUAUACUGAAGGUGCUGAGUUAGUAGAUUCAGUAUUGGAUAGAAUCCGUAAAGAAGCGGAAACAUGCGAUUGUCUUCAAGGUUUUCAACUAACUCAUUCACUUGGUGGUGGAACUGGAUCAGGUCUAGGAACACUACUCAUCUCAAAAGUUCGUGAAGAAUAUCCCGAUCGUAUCAUGAUGACAUUCAGUGUGGUCCCAUCUCCAUUAGUAUCGGACACAGUUGUUGAACCGUACAACGCGACGUUUUCCCUCCAUCAGUUAGUGGAAAAUACAGACGAAACGUACUGUAUUGACAAUGAAGCGUUGUAUAACAUUUGCUUUCGAACAUUGAAAUUGCCAACGCCGACUUAUCCUGAUCUCAACCAUUUAGUUUCAUUGACUAUGUCCGGUGUGACAACAUGUCUUCGCUUUCCCGGUCAAUUGAAUGCCGAUUUACGGAAAUUAGCAGUGAAUAUGGUUCCCUUUCCUCGGUUACACUUUUUCAUUCCCGGUUUUGCUCCAUUAACAUCUCGAUCAUCCGAAGGUUAUCGUGCUUCGACUGUUAUGGAAUUAACUCAACAGAUGUUCGAUGUGAACAACAUAAUGGCAGCAUGUGACCCUCGACAUGGAAGAUACUUAACCGUCGCUGCCAUCUUCCGUGGUCAAAUGUCCAUGAAAGAAGUCGAGCAACAAGUUUUGAACAUUCAAAACAAAAAUUCAUCAAAUUUUGUCGAAUGGAUUCCAAAUAACGUCAAAACCGCCGUUUGUGACAUUCCACCUCGAGGUUUGAAAAUGUCUGCGACAUUCAUCGGAAAUAACACCGCGAUCCAAGAAUUAUUCAAACGUAUUGCUGAACAAUUCAAGGCAAUGUUUGCGCGAAAGGCCUUCGUGCAUUGGUAUCUUCGAGAAGGAAUGGACGAACUGGAGUUUACCGAAGCGGAAUCGGAUAUGCAUGAUCUGAUCAGCGAAUAUCAACAAUAUCAAGACGCAGCAGUUGAAGAUGAUGCGGAAGAAGAAGCUUAA